ACAAACACGAGUUUCACCAGGAUAAGAAUAAGGGACAUAAACGAGGCGCUAAAAGAACUCGGCCGGAUGUGCAUGACACACCUGAAAAGCGACAAACCUCAGACCAAGCUUGGCAUACUCAACAUGGCCGUUGAAGUCAUCAUGACGCUCGAACAGCAAGUCAGAGAGCGCAACCUGAACCCCAAAGCCGCGUGCCUGAAACGGCGCGAGGAGGAGAAGGCGGAGGAGGCGCCCAAGCUGCUGGCCGCGCCGCUCCAGCACUACCAGCCCAUGCCGGGCAUGGGUGGCUUGCCCCCCGGAGGGCCUCCGCCUCAAUAGCGACUCCCCGUCCGUCACUACGCGCUGCCAUAGCAUACCUUUCUCACUGCCAAUCGCUGGUAACUUCUACGAACGGUAAAUUCGGUAUAUGCUGUGUUUCUGGUAUAUCGAACUGCUGUAAAAGGGGCUAACCCCAAGGCCCAAAAGUCGAAAGAAUCUCGUCCGUACCUUAUAAGGCAUUUGCUUCGCAGGACUUGUGGACUGCGUUCCAGCAGUUAGCGAGCGAUAAUCGGACUUGUUUUUUUUCGUCUGCGUUGUAGUCUUGACUGGUUAUACAAACCAGUUUAAAAUAAACCGUAGAAGAUCAAGAAGGUGAGGUUUUACAAAUGAUGAAAUAAUCUAGACAAAUUGUGCUAUACGUUCUCAGGUAUACCUUCUUUGAGUGAAAACGUAGCUAGCUGUGUGUUUUAAUUAUUUUUUUUUUGCAAUAGCGGACCCUGGACUGGUCGAUAAAACGCAAUAAAACUUACGAUUUUCGUAUUUUAUAUUAUUGUUUUAUUAUUUGUAGGUACUUGAAAAAAUAAUACAAGACAUACAGCUAAUUACAAUAAUGGCACUAAAUCUAACCAGUGCUAAGGCCAAUGAUUAAACUAACUGUUUACAAUUGGAACUAAUGCGCGACAUUUCUAGUUAUUUUUCUUUUGGUUUUUAACUAUUUUUUUAGAGGCAUACUCUUU